AUGAACCUGGACGCGCUUUCUGACUACCAUAAGUACGGCAGCACAAAGACCGCCGUCGCCGUCGCCGUUGCCGUCAGCCCUACGCCCGUCAUCAACACCACAUGCGCCGCGCUCGCCCACAGCCCCAACUUCACGCUGCACGUCGAGUACGAGUUCUGCGUGGGCGCGCUCUCGGUCGACCCGGCGGCCUCGUCCGCCCCGGACGCCCGCGGGCUAGCGGCGGCCGCGGCGAGCCUCGCCGUCGCCAACAUGACGUCCACGGAGCACAUCAUCGCCGACCUCGUCCGAAACCUGGGCAGCUGUCUCGCCUACUACAAGGAGAUCAACGACAUGGUGCGGCGCGGGCUCGACGACCUCCGCGCCGGCCGCGCCGCCGACGCUUCCGAGAAGCUUUUGGAAGCGGCGCAGUCAGACGCUCCGUCCUUGUGCGACCUCAUCUUGAUAGAGGGAGACGCCAAGAGGAACCCCAUAGACCAGGAGAACCAGAACGCCUACUUCUUGUCCGUCAUGGCCUCCGAUAUUGCCCAGUUGAUGCUGGGUUCUCAUGCAUCAUCGUCUCCAAAAGAUCCUAGCUGAAUACGUACAUGAUGGCUCUUGUCUUCUUCCAGUUUUAGUAGUAAUUUGCUAGACCGUGUGGUGGCGUUGCCGCGCCUGUUUGUUUUAGGGCAUGUACAACGGGGGCAUCACCCUGGUACUGUCUCAGCUCUUAAAUUAAUCAAAAAGUAA